AUGAGUUACCGUGGUAGAGGAAGAGGUAACUACAAUAACUAUGGUAGGGGAGGUUUCCAACGACCACCUAAUCCACAGAAUAUCAAUCAAUAUGUGAAUUCUAACUCGAUACCUGUAGAAAUCGCCGGAUGGAAUGGUGCAUCAAUGGAAGAUUGUAUAAAUUUCAUUUCGAGAAAAUGUAGAAUUGUUGUCAGUAAUGCCAAUAUUGAACCCAAUGGGAAUAUCAAAGGUUACGUUAAGAGUGAAAAAGAAGCAGGUGACUUACUCAAUUGGUCUGGUGUCAAAUUUGCCGGACAGUCUUUGAAAAUCACCAAGAGCUUUUCAUCAAAUGGAACAAAUAAAAAAGGCAACACCAUCGAAACUAUCACAGAAUUUUUGAAGACAAGAUAUGAUGAACCAUCAAAAAUGCUUAAUUUGUCUAGUGUUCAGAAUGAUGCCACUUUAAACCAACAAGGAUUCUUUGCUUCCAUUUCAACUACCUCAAAGUUCUUCCCUGCAUUAAUGAAAAUAGCCAGCGAUUUAAAAAUUGAUGUAGAGUCUAUCGAUUUGAGCAACAACAAUCUUAAUGAUUUGAAUACUAUCACUACAUUACCACAAACUUUCCCUAAAUUGAUCAAUUUAUCCUUGAUGAACAAUAACUUGAGUAAACUCAAAGUAUUUGAAAUUUGGAAAAACAAACUAAAUUACUUAAGGGAAUUCAUUAUUUCAGGAAAUCCAAUACUCAAUAAUGAUUUGAACGUCGUCAAAUUGGAAAUCAUGAGAUUGUUUCCUCGUUUAAUCAUUUUGAAUGGUGAAGUUUUAAGAAAUGAACCCAAAUUAUUAGAAAAUUUAAAGUUCCCUUUUAAUUCACAAUCCAUGAUGUUUCAAGAUAAUGACAUCCAUAAUAUCUCCACCAAUUUCAUCACCAACUUCUAUAACUUAUGGGAUACCAAUAGAUCAAACUUGUUACAAUUAUAUCAAGACCAAUCACAAUUUUCUGUUUCAGUAGAUAUGUCAAAUCCUCAUGAUUUGAAUGGCCAACAAAUCGACUUCACCUAUUACUUGACCAACUCAAGAAACUUAUCAAGAAUUUCUGCUUCAAAAUUGAAGAUGCAAAAGUUAUUUACUGGAAAAGAUCAAAUUGCAAAUUGCUUCAACCAGUUGCCAAAGCUGAAACACGAAUUGAUAGAGAAUUCUCAUUUAUUUUCCAUGGAAGCUUUCAAAUAUAAUCAAUUGAAUGGAAUAAUCAUAAACUUGCAUGGUACCUUCAAAGAAACUGGACAUCCUGACGUAAGCGAACCCAAGAAGUACGGUAGAAAGAAGGUCUCAUUGAUGGAAAAAGGUUUCGAUAGAUGUUUUGUAAUCAUUCCUAGUCCCGACGGUGGAAUGAUUGUCGCUUCUGAUAUGUUAGUCAUCAGAUAUCCAACAAUUUUCAAAUCAGAUGCUUCACCUGUAGCUAAUGCCUCACCAUCUCCUGCACCAGGAAUACCUCCAGUCGCUCCAUCACCACCAGUCGCAGCUCCUGGAAUGAACCAAACCCCUGGUAUGACAGCUGCACCUCCUGCUAACUCUCCAGGUAUUAAUGACCUCCCUCCUGAUAUUAAAUCCAUGAUCAAUGUUACACAACAAGAACUACUUGUCAAAGUCCUCCUCGAAACAAACUUAAAUUUACAAUAUGGUUAUAUGUUGUGCGAGCAAAGUAAUUGGGAUUACCAAACUUGUACGAUAAAUUUUAAAAAUUCAGUGAAUUCUUUACCGUUAAAUGCUUAUAGGUAA